GGAGAGAUGCUUCCCCAGCAAAGAGAUGCAUUGGUUAGCGAGGCGCCAUGGACGUCACCGCACCCUCCACAUGGAUUGGCCGAGAGCAGAGUGCUACUGUACCGUGCCGUGGACAGGACGCGCGGCCUAUUCCCCCAUUAUUCUGCAUUCUCGCAGUCAGCCUCCUACCUUCUCUUCGCGGCGGCUUCAUUCCCCCUCGCUCCGCUAACGUCGAGCACGGGCAAUAGUACUACCCAUUGUCGGAAUACCGUUGCUGGUCGAUAUUCUCUCUUGAAGGAGCCCCACGUCAGCUGAUGCGCCACCAGGAGGUAGCCUAACGCCCAAUUCACCCUUCGCGCCGGGACCCUAAAUCAGGGGUAGUCUGCGCACAGCAAGAGAAGCCACGUGGCAGAGAUACUCCACUUAGACCGCCUUCCGACGUGCCAUAGGCCGCUGCUCUAGGUCGUUCUGGUACUGAAGCAAGGUUAAGCUAAAAGCGAUUUUGGAUAAGGCCGAGACUGUUGCUCGUUGCUCCUGUCGCAGUCAAGGACUUUUCGCGCUCGGCUAUGGCGGCGCGUCGCGGCUCCCAACGCAGUCUCCUCGCGCUCGUUGCGGCGCUCGCAUGCUGCCUUUUGCCUUGGUUGUCGCUCGCACAGCCCAUCGAGAAAUCGCAAGGUGCUGUGCUGCGGGAUCUGCAGGAUUUUUGGAGCAGGAACUUCACAGGCUGGCGGACGGGAGGCGACUGCAAGCAGGCUCAAGGCCUCACGUGUGAUGGGGAUGGCAUGAUCACCUCCAUGCGCUUCAAUACGUCCUCCGUGGUGUACGUCUACCCCACCACCGUCACCCAGCUGUCCCGCCUCGCACACCUGGAGUUCACAGAUGUGGACCACAUCCCAUGGGGCUCCCUCUACAACAUCACGUGGCUCAAGUCCUUGACAGUGGAGUGCUAUCCGUACAUGAUUGACAGUAUUCCUGACGGCGUAGCCAACCUCACUCAGCUCACCAGAUUGAGAAUCAGCAGUUGUGGUUUUGAGAAUCAGCUUCACAAGCUGAGCCGGCUCACCAGCCUUGUCGAACUAGAGGUGCCAUCGAAUAAGAUAUCAUAUAUGGGGGAGAUUACCAGCACCAACUUUCCCAGACUGGUGAAACUGAAUCUGAGCUCCAACCUGCUCACGACAGACAACCUUCUGUAUCUGAAGACUCUCACCAGCCUCACAACCCUGGAUCUCUCAUCCAACUUGUUCAAGGGCGAUCUAGUGGUGCAGAACAUAAGCCUGCCCACCUUGCAAUUCCUGAGUCUGUCCAACAACCAGCUGACCGGCAGCCUUCCCGAGUCCCUCACAAACAUGACUAACCUGGUCAGCCUAAGCGUUGAUUUCAACUAUAUGGAUGGAACUAUCUCACCAGAUUUUGGAAGAUUGACCAACCUCUCAGCUCUUUCCACCAAGGGCACGAGUCUCACGUGCCCUGACAGCUACAGCAGCUGUGGCGUGCCUCAGAAUGAGUCUUCUGGCUUCUGCCAAACCUGCAGUGACUUCUGCACCACAUGCGACAAACCCAAGCCCACAACCGAAGCACCACCUGCAGACGACAAGUCCAAGUCAGGAUUUCCCAUGUGGGCCAUUGUUGUGAUCGUGGUUGCUGCAGUCGCUGUUGUCGUGGCCCUUGCCAUCAUCGUCUACUACUUCUGCUUUAAUAAAACCUUGGUGAGCAGCAAGGCGGCCUCUCAGGUGUGUCGAGAGUAUUCGCUGCAGCAGGUGGUACGGGCCACCAACAACUGGUCAGAAGCGAACCUGCUUGGCGCGGGCGCCUUUGGCGACGUGUACCGCGCCGUCUCUCCGGCUGAUGGCGCCACGCUGUGGGCCGUGAAGCGAGCCAAGAUCAUCACCAACGACUUCGACACCGAGGUGUGCCAGAUGGCCACGAAGCACCACCCCAACCUGGUGCGGCUGCUGGGCUUCUCCAUUGGGAUUACCGACAAGACAAGGGUGGAGCAGAUCCUCAUCUACGAGCUCAUGCCCCAUGGGGACCUGCAGCAAUGGAUUGGGAAAGGCGCUGCGGUGCCGCUGAGCUUCCAGCAGCGGGUGGACAUCCUCAUGGGGGCGGCACGUGGCUUUGAGUACCUCCACAGCUUUGGCAUCGUGCAUCGCGACAUCAAGCCCGCCAACAUCCUGCUCGACCAGAACAUGCAGGCUAAGAUUUCAGACUUUGGGCUCGUGAGGAAGGGAGAGGGCACCACAGUGCAGAGUACUCGAGUGGUGGGAACUCCGGGCUAUGUGGACCCCUCUUAUAGUGCAUCUAAUAAAGCCACCACUGCUGCAGAUGUCUACAGCUUCGGCGUUCUCAUGCUUGAGCUGAUGACGGGGCGCCACGUUGCUAAGAACUCUCUGCCUACACCUUCCGAUGAGGAGGCUGGCCAGCAAAUGCACAUCGUACCCUGGGUCACGCAGCAGUUCUUUGCCGCCCCAGUGGCAAGCCUCAAGGACCCGCGGAUGGCAGCACAGGACGACCUCUUGUUGAAGGUGCUGCAGCUGGCGCUGCGGUGCACCGCCAAGCACAGCGCCUCGCGGCCGGCGAUGGGGGCGAUAGCAGCGGAGCUGGAGGCGGUGAUGGUUGAGCUGGGCGGGUCCAGGAGCAACGCCGCCGCCCUCCAGGUGGACCGCCAGGUGGAGGCAAGGAGUGUGCCGGCAAAUUUGGAUGCAGAUCUUGCUAGGCUCACUGACAUGUUCCAAGGCAACCUAAGCAGCUCCACUGUUGUACCGUACCGGUACGAGGCUUGAACUUGCAUUGUGUGCCAGCUAUGGAUCAUCUAGACUAGACCUCGUUGCGUGCCUGUAUCGUGUUGGCUGACUAUAUGAAUUUGGAUUGCACUA